CUCACUUAUUCACAGACUGCACAGAUCUACGACGGGCCCGACAAGGCUUACGCUCUUUCUCGAUUCCAACGUACACGCAUGCUCACCCGCUUGUGAAUCCGUGCUUUCUCUCAAGACAAUUUGAAACACUUUUUCGGGCCUCCACGCUUUUGACUCAGAUACACCAGCACAGUGGUGAGUGAGCAUUCCUAGGUCAGCUCCACCGACCUGGCUUGCGGCCACACCGACCUGGCGCCAAGGCUUCCGAUCAGCAGAGGAGGGCUACCUCCACCAGUCGAGUGACCCGCGUUACAGAACUUUGGUAACGGGCAUGUGGUAGUGGCCUUACUGACGCAUUGACUUCCAGCUUCGAUCGUCAGGUGACGGCUCCACGGCCUGCCGUAGUGAUCAUUAGGCAUUCUUGGAUGCACUAUUGAGCGGAACCUCAAUUCUUUGUUCUGGUGCGAUACCGCCGUGCUGUGUGGACAACCAACCAUCUUUUGAUUGUUUUGGUUCCGGCGUCGCUAAACAGGCUGUCUCUGUUGUACAUCUCUCUGCAGGUGAGGUAUUCUGAUUGUGUCGGCCAAAACACCGUCCCUACAGCGCUGUUGCUUUGAUACCGCACUGGCAAUUCGCGUCGGGUACGCACAGUAGCGGAACGCCAGGUCCUUGGUACCAGCUCUCGGGAACUACCCUGCAAUCUCCUGCGAACGACUGCACGAACAUCUAGAUUGCCUUUACACGAAUAGGUGUCAUUCUUUGAGGCGGUUGACGCUGCCGACAGGACGGGAGUCGCAGUCUGACACUCACGUCAAAGGGAAUAGCGGUCUAUUUCUGCAUGUCUCUGAAGCGGAUAGCUGCUGCAAACCCACCCCACCAGUUCAUUCAGCCCAUCGAAGCGCACAUUGGGAUCGCAAUAGAGGCGCGCUCAUACAUCCAGCGUCGUACAAGUGGCCGUCCACUGCACUCUUGCGAUUUCCGACUUCUGUUCGACAUUGAUCACUCGCCCAGCUGGAACUGACCAAAAACGUAUGCGUCACGAGAACCGAACAAGAAGAACAGACAGCAAGGAAUUGGUUGUUGUCAAUGAAGACUGCAGCACACUCACAUUACCUGCCAACAACGACCAAUUCCAUACCAAAGCUGGCUCACUGGCGCAUCAAGAAUCCCAAACGGAUCUGCUGUCGAUGUCGGAGUACGACAAAGCGCAGAGUUACGAUGUGUAUGACUACCAAACAGCCACACGACCCGAGCAGGGGCAACCAGCCUACGGCGCUUUCGUCGCUGCACACCCUUCUUCUUACCCGGCCGAAUAUGUAGCUGCUCAGGCGCAGGUACCAUCUGGCCUGCCCCAAUCAUCCACUACGGUCGGUCUGGUACCAUCUGCUCAACAAUACGCAACGCAUGAUCCAGCCUAUUAUGGUCAGCAGGUGGUCCAGUACCCUGCAUAUCUCCAACAGCCCGCCCGUCAAGUGCCUACGAUACAGAGCUACACUCCUAGAUCAGGUCUACCAGGCACGCAAGUGACAAUCUACUUCCAGAGCGUAUACGACUUCGAUGCACCACGAGUUACACCACUGAUUAUGUUUGGUGCCAAACGAUGCGAGAGUAUUUUGACCAAAACGCCCCAAGAUCAAGUUUUUCAGUAUUCGCUCGAAUCCACGACCCCUUCUCUGGCCGAUACGCAGUCUCCCACUCCAGAGGUCCCGAUCCAUCUCAUUAUGGACGACACCGCUGUCAGCUGGGCUUCUCCGACGAUCGAAGUGGGCAGCUUCACAUACCUCGACGCGCCGACAUACUACCAGCUGGAUUCCCCUCAGAUGACGGCUUCUCAAAUACAGGCUCCUCGAAAACGCAAGCUCUCCGUUGAAGCGUCUCCGCGACGGUCGCCAGCGAAGAAGCCUUCAAUGCAGCAGCUUCCACAGUCGUAUGCGCAGUCACCAGUUGCUUCCUUCCGGCGCCCGAGUGUACCGAGUGUGCCAGAUGUAUACCAGCAUGGACGAAGGUACAGCAGCAGCGCGUCAGACUAUCAGAACGCGUAUAAUCCAUCGCUCUCGCGCAUGCCAUCCCAGCAAUACUACGGACAGCCUGCGACUGCGACGCCUUCGCUCACAACUUCGCAAAGUCCGUCAUGGUCGUACGCGCCUGUGCAGACGACUCGUAGCCCUUCGAUGAAUUCCAUGUCAACACAGAGCAAGGGUUCCCACCUGCUUCCAUCGCCGGCGGGCGCAGGGGCUCCACCGCUCAUACGCACCUCGACUUUACAGGGAUCACCCACCACCCCUGGGGCGACCAUGACAGCCACUCCAGUCUUUAACCCAUACACUGUGUACCCAUCCAAUACUAAAGCGAUGCUCAAAAUCGAAGGCGAGCUGACCAAAAUGGCCGAUGGAUGGUCUGCUGCAGAGUGGGAGAACAGACGACGCCUUGUGCAAUUCCGACGUAGCCAGACUGGAAGUGUAAUAUCUGCCACUUUCGAGCCCGUCACACUGGAAGACCGCUUGCCUAACAGCAUUUGUGUCAGCUGCAUCUGGUGGGAGGAGAAACAGGAAUGCUAUGUCACAUCAGUGGACACCAUCUCGCUAUUGGAAUCCUUGGUCGCAGUACGCUUCACGGUCGAGGAGAAGAACCGCAUCCGUCGAAACCUGGAGGGGUUCCGGCCGGCAACCGUGUCCAAGACCAAGGCGGAUAGUGAGGAAUUCUUCAAGCUCAUCAUGGGAUUUCCCAACCCGAAGCCGAGAAACAUCGAAAAGGACGUGAAGGUGUUCCCGUGGCGGAUCUUGGCAACUGCUUUGAAGAAGAUUAUUGGCAAAUAUUCUGCAAGUUAUUCGUCGACUGCCGGCGUAUUGCACGCUCCAGGCUCCAGCUACGCCAUGAACCGACCGUCCGACAUGGGUAUGGAUCAACGAUCAGCUGCGUCGCCGCGCUCUGCCUCGAGCUCUGCAUCAUAUACGCACGUCUAUGCGCCACCCCAAAUGCAACAUAAUGUGUAUUCGCCUCACGGGAUGCCAACAGGUCUCGGCAUCGGGCCGUCAGCAGGGCAUCCGGAUCCACGCCUCUCUGUACCUACAUCCGCAGGCGCACAGGCGACGUCCUGGCAUCAGCCUUCGGGGCACUAUGCUUCCGAUCUCGGGUACUCGAAUUUCACUGGCUAUCUCGCAUCGCCAGCGACGGGUCUUCCAGGCACAGCGCAACAGUCAUACGGCUAUCAACAACGAAUUCCUUCGUUGACGGGGCCAACAGCCAUGCCCGCGGAAGCCAGAUUUGUUCCCUUGCACGAUUACGAGAGCCAAGGUCAGCCGACUUCAACAUCAUAAGAACGAUGGGUGGGCGGGUGUGUGUGCGUGUGUGUGUGUGAUAACUUGGGUGUUUGCGUUUGAGCCGCAUUACUGGGAUCAACAAAUGGUCAUGCGGCCCAUUCCAGGACCGCUUUGAAAGCUCUCGCGCGCUAGGCCGCAUUGAGCCACCAUCCAUCACGGCUUGCACUACACCAUCUCUCAUCGCCAGACAAGGCCACUUUCCAUGGCCCACCCAUCCCUUUGUCUCGGCCUCAGAUGAUCAACAUGGCCACAGGACUGGAACAACAACAACGACAACAACGACAACAACAACAACAACAACAAAUUGAUUGGAUAUGGUCAUCUGAGCCGCAUCUCUCCACCACCAAGGGAAUGGCCUAUCUCAGAGAAUCUCUCUCUCUCUCUCUCUCUCUCUCUCUCCGACUCUCCGACUCUAUCAUUCUCCAUGAAAGGGGCGUCAGCAUUGCGAUCGGCGUUUUCGUCAUCACUCAGCCAGCAGCUGCAGCAUCGGAUACCCACAUCAGCAAUAACAUUUUAGCAUAGACUCACCACCUUCACGGGAAACAUGGCGCAAUGCGCUCCAAUGAUAC